AUGUGUGACACUAUUUCUGGAUCUGCUAAUUUUGAUAAACCCGUUAAAGGUUUUGAGAAUGAAAAUUUGGAGGAUGAAAAGUUGACAAGGCUUGGAUCCUUAAAGAAGGUAGCAAUAAGUGCAUCUUAUAAGUUCAAACACUCCUUGAAGAAAGGGCGAAGGCAUGGUAGGGCUAUGUCUGUUGCUGAGGGCGAAAUCGAUAUAGAAGAGUUGCAAGCAAUUGACGCUCUUCGUCAGAUUCUAAUCCAAGAAGAUUUGUUACCCUCAAAACAUGAUCAUCAUCAUAUGAUGCUAAGAUUCUUGAGAGCAAGGAAGUGUGACAUUGAGAAAACAAAGCAAAUGUGGGCGGAUAUGCUACAAUGGAGGAAGGAAUUCGGCGCUGACACCAUCAUCGAGGAUUUUGAAUUCGAGGAGAAAGACGAAGUUCUAAAAUACUAUCCUCAAGGAUCACACGGAGUUGAUAAGGAUGGAAGACCUGUUUACAUAGAAAGAUUGGGUCUGGUGGACUCAAACAAGCUAAUGCAAGUAACAACUAUGGAGAGAUAUCUUAGGUAUCAUGUAAGAGAGUUUGAGAACGCACUCAAUGUUAAGAUGCCGGCUUGUUCAAUCGCAGCGAGGAAACACAUUGAUCAAAGCACAACUAUCUUGGAUGUUCAAGGAUUGGGUAUUAAAAGCAUGAAUAAAGCAGCGAGAGAACUCCUCCAGGGGCUUCAGAAGAUUGAUGGGGACAAUUAUCCUGAGUCCUUGAACCGUAUGUUCAUCAUCAAUGCUGGUUCUGGAUUUAGGAUGUUGUGGAGUACUGUUAAGUCCUUCCUUGAUCCCAAAACCACUUCCAAAAUCCAUGUACUAGGUAACAAAUACCAAAGCAAGUUGCUCGAAAUCAUCGACGCAAGUGAACUUCCCGAGUUCUUGGGGGGAACAUGUACUUGUGCAGACAAAGGCGGUUGCAUGCUUUCGGACAAGGGACCAUGGAAUGAUCCAGAAAUUUUGAAGAUGGUUCAAAAUGGUGAAACAAAUGUCAUAACGAAUACUUUGUCCGGGAUUAAGGAGGAGAAAACAAUCACCACAGAUGAAACAUUGUGUCCAAAGGAUAUUAAGGAACGUAAUUCUUUCAAAAAAGACUACGCUCUUGAGGAGGCACGUCAUGCUAUAGCAGAAGUAGCAAAACAUUGUAAUAAUGUAUAUAAGUUUGACACCUUGAUCUCGAAGGAGAAACCAAUUUCUUGGAAUGAAGCAAUACAAAAUGAUAAAAAAGCGUUUUCUAAAGGUGGAGAUUGCUGUGCAAACAACAACAUUUUCAAGACUUCAACAACAUUUAGAAAUCACUUUGCUGGUGGAGUCAUGGGCAUUGUUUUGGGACUCAUAACGUUAAUCCGCAUGACACGAAACAUGCCAAAGAAAGUGACUGCAAUUGCACUGUAUCGUAACUCGGUAUUAUACGAUGGCAAUAGGAUGAAAGCAGCGCCGGCCAUAUCCAUUGACGCACGCAUGGCUUUGAUGAAGCGCAUGGCCGAUCUAGAAGAGAAGGUGAAAAAUCUCACCAUGAGUCCUUCCAUGCCACCUGAAAUGGAAAAAUUGCUCAACACUGCUCAAAGCCGCGUCGAAGCACUCGAGCAAGAGUUGGCUGCAACCCAGAAGGCACUUGAAGAUUCCCUUGCUAAGCAAAAGGAGCUUCAAUCAGAGAUUGACGUAAAGAAAAAGAAGUUUUUCCGCUGGUAA